GGAGAACCUGAUGAGGUGUUACGCAAGGCCUGCUGUUUACCUCCCGCAGGAGCCUCCUCCCUCCCUAUAAAACCUGACGUGGUGUGGUGGGGAGACUCGCCAAGACUGAGACUCUGGUUGAAGUGAGAGGCAAUCCCAGGAGACAGGCAGAAAAGCGGCAUAAAGUUAAUGCGGGAGACAGAGAGAAGGACAUCGAGUCAGCAAGCAGCAGGGGCGGUCCACCGUCUGCGCGCUCGUAGGCGGUCGCGGUGGUCGCGCAGGGGGUGGCUCCCAGACCCCAGCUUCCCAUGGAGGCGCCUGAGCUGGGCCCGGGGCUGGUGGAGCGUCUGGAGCAGCUGGCGACGUGUCCGCUGUGUGGGGGCCCCUUCGAGGACCCAGUGCUUCUGGCGUGUGAGCACAGCUUCUGUCGCGCGUGCCUGGCCCGCUGCUGGGGGAACCCGCCGCCCACCGGCACUGAGGGGUCCCCCACCGCCUGCCCCUGCUGCGGCCUGCCGUGUCCCCGCCGCAGCCUGAGGUCUAAUGUGCGGCUGGCGGUGGAGGUACGGAUCAGCCGCGGGCUGCGGGAGAAGCUGGCCGAGCCCGGCGCCCGCUUGGGAAGGCGCCGAGGAGGCCGUAUCCCAACCAUGGGCUGCCUAGACCCGCACGGAGAGGAUAUUAGGAAGACGUGGAGGCGAUUUGAUGCCCCAGCACCCAAGCUGUCUAACUCAGAGGAAAAUCUCCCUGAUGAUUAUCCAGUGGUCAAAAACAUGCUUCACAGACUGACAGCCGACUUGACGCUGGACCCUGGCACCGCACACCGCCGCCUGCUCAUCUCCACCGACCGUCGCAGCGUCCGACUGGCCCCACCAGGCACCCCUGUACCCCUGGACGGCCCCGCGCGCUUCGAUCAGCUCCCAGCAGUACUAGGUGCACAGGGCUUCGGGGCCGGCCGCCAUUGCUGGGAAGUGGAGACCACGGAUGCUGCCUCUUACGGAGACUCUUCCGGAGAGGAUGAGGACGACGGGGAGAGCUGCUAUGCGGUGGGUGCUGCCGGGGAAUCGGUGCAACGCAAAGGCCGCAUCAGGCUGUGCCCAGCGGAGGCCGUGUGGGCAGUGGAAGGCCGCGGCGGCCGCCUGUGGGCCCUCACCGCACCAGAACCCACGCUUCUGGGUGGCGUUGGACCACCGCCGAAGCGCAUUCGUGUGGAUUUGGAUUGGGAGCGGGGCCGUGUGGCCUUCUACGACGGCCGCUCAUUGGACUUGCUCUUCGCCUUCCAGGCGCCCGGACCCCUGGGGGAGCGCGUAUUCCCUCUGCUUUGCACUUGUGAUCCCCGGGCCCCGCUCCGCAUUGUGCCAGGAGAAGGCUGAGAGCCUCCCUUCUGGCCCCUGAGUUUGGACCAGCUACUUUGAGGCUGUUUCCUCUAGUUGCUGAAACGGGUUUAUAAGCCUAUGCAAUAGUAUUAAUAAGCACUCAUCAUCAAUUCUCAUUAUCCCCAUCCCCACAAACCUUACCAGGCCUCUAGGCUUUCACAUCCUGGCCCCAAAUCCAAUAGCUCCUGCCCCCUUUCUCUUGGGGAAUAUCCCCCACCCCACUACUCCAGUACUUUGUUAGUUCUCCCUUUCUACACUAUUCUAGGCCUCAAUUGUGGAAUUGGUUCAGCUUGUUAAGUACUGGUGAGCCAUCCACAUUUACUACACAGAGGUCCUGGCUUUCUUAACUUCAAAGGGUUCAGUGCCUUCUCCACUGUUGGAAGGCUUGUGCUUCCUGGUCCUGUCCAUUUUGAGGUUUCUCCUCAAGAGAGAAAAAGCCUUUUCCUAAAACAAGAAGCUUGAGGCUGGUUAGGCCGUAGGGACCUCUAGGAAGCUUAAUAGCACACCCACUUUUUUUUCAGGAUUGGGGGGGGGGAGUGUAAGCCAGUUCUAUUCUACCUUCCUUUUGUGACUGCUUUCUGUGCUCACAAAUUUUGCCUAUUAAAACCCUUUGUAAAAUUUUCCCCUGCACAUACUCACAAAAAAGAAUGAAUGGUGCUACCCCUCUUUUCCUCAACCUGGGAGACACCCAGACAUCCCCAAAUGCAUCCUUAUACAUAGUCUCACAUCAUUCCACCCCAUGUAUAAAUGGGCCCGUAUUUAACACAUUUUGUGAUGUUGGGUUAUUUAUUUUGUGCAUCUGUGGCAAUAAAUGAGAUCUCAGUGCUGA